AGUACUUCUGUAUGCUACAGCUGCUAGCCGUUGUUAGCACAGAGGAGAGAAAGUGUUUGGCAGCAAAGUUUUGAUCGCAGUCAGAUUUUCGAGUCCAGCUGUCGUUAAUGUGAAGUGAACACAUGUCAGGAAACGUCGUCUUUAGGGGACACUUGUGAUAAAAGAGGAGAGAAAAGUGUGUUCCAUGAAGAUGAAUUCUCUCCCACCGUCUGAUAGGCCAUGAUAGGCUUGUCGAGUAAUGUGGGGGUUAUGGAAAGUCUAAAGAAUUCUGCUGAAGAGCAGCAACCGUCCUCUCCCCUCAAUUCAUGGUCCCAAAUACAGGAACCCAGCAGGAAUCACAAGCAGAAACUAGCUGGAGGAUUUGUGUUAGUUCAUGCAGGAGCAGGUUAUCAUUCUGAAUCUAAGGCCAAGGAGUACAAGCAUGUGUGCAAAAGAGCCUGCCAGCGAGCUGUGGAUCGGCUCAAAGCGGCGCUCGCUGUGGAAGCAGUGGCUGCAGCGCUGGUGGAGCUCGAGGACUCUCCUUUUACAAACGCGGGCAUGGGCUCCAACCUUAAUCUGUCAGGAGAAAUCGAAUGCGACGCGAGUAUCAUGGAUGGGAAGACGCUGCAUUACGGUGCCGUAGGAGCUUUGAGUGGCGUGAAGAACCCGGUGUUAGUUGCAAACCGUCUGCUGAUCGAAGCACAGAAAGGGAAACUAUCAGCUGGCAGGAUACCUCCCUGCUUUUUAGUGGGGCGAGGAGCACAUGACUGGGCUGUCAGCCACGGGAUACCACCGUGCCCAUCAGAGAAGAUGGCCACCAAGUUCAGUUUAUCCGCGUACAAGAGGAACAAGAGGAAGAUGGAGCUGGCGGAGAAAUUGGACACCGGACACAAACAGACAAAGAAGAGACGACAACCGAGUGAACAUGAAAAUGGUCCAGGGUGCCUCGACACAGUGGGCGCCGUGGUUGUGGACCUGGAGGGGAAUGUAGCUGCAGCGGUGUCCAGCGGAGGCCUCGCAAUGAAACAUCCCGGCAGGGUCGGGCAGGCUGCUCAUUAUGGAUGUGGCUGCUGGGCGGAAAAUGCCUGUAACAUGAACCCUUACUCUACAGCAGUGAGUACCUCAGGCUGCGGAGAGCAUCUGAUUCGCACCAUGCUGGCGAGGGAGUGCUCCGCUGCCAUGCAGUCUGAGGAUGCCCACCAUGCACUUCUGGAGGCUAUGCAAAACAAGUUCAUCAGCUCGCCCUUUCUGGCCAGUGAAGAUCGCGCUCUGGGUGGAGUCAUCGUCCUGCGCUGCUGCAGAUGUGCGGAAGCGCCGCCUUCUCAAAAUAUUCAGGGUAUACUGGUGGAGUUCCUUUGGAGUCACACCACAGAGAGCAUGUGUGUCGGUUACAUGUCGGCCCAAGACAGCAAAGCAAAGACACACAUUUCCAGAUUACCCCCCGGGACCGUUCCUGGACAGUGUCUGGCCAUCGAGGGAGGUGUGUGUCGACUGAUGAGCGUGGCUGAGUGAGCGGCGUUCUUCCUCCUUGUGGGCUUCUUCAGCAAUACGCCAGUACAAACACCUCCCUCCUCUCCAACCACACACACACACACACACACACACACACACACACACAUCCCUCGCCUCCACAAUACCUAUUUGAUGCCAGAAGUAAUAAGCUUUAGCUGUUUCAACAGGGGUCCAGGAAGGAGUUGGGGGUGUUAUCUUCUACUUAGUGCACUUACAGGACUUCCCUUUGCCACAGUCUGCCUCCAGCAUGCACCCCACCCCAUCUAUCCAGUGUCAUCUGGAUUAGACUUGAUGCACCAUUGCCUUGAUGCACCAUUCUCUCUUUGUUACUCUUAUCCUACUUUAAGUCACUUCCUCCCUUUUGUACAUAAGCUAUGACUUAGGAAAACAGGGUGGAUGUUCAACUUUUUGUUUUGUUUUGUAUUUCUGAACAGAUGUGAUUAUUUUUGAAAGCAAGAACUCGUUUUGUUCUUAUCAAACUUUUCACAUAUUAAGGGAUGGUUCUUGUGAUUUUAAGCGGGGUUGUAUAGGUACCUAUCAUUGGUCAGUUUAUCACCUACAGGAGAUGGCGGCCGGCAGUGCCUCUCUUUGGAGAAGCAGUCUGGACUACAGAUGCUAAAACUAAGAAAUAAAGAUGGAGUUUAGAGCAAAAUAAAAACACAUAACGGACUUCAUUAAAAAUUGCUUUUAUGGCAUAAUAAACCAAAAGAUGGUGUUGUAGUACUCAAAAUCGGUCUUGGUCUUAAGAGCAGUCUGGAGACGACUUCUUGAAGGUCUCGUUCCGGAAUCAAAAGCAUUUUUACCCGGUCUUGUCUCGGCCUCUGACUGGGCGGACUCCAGAUUUUAAAUCAACAACGGUCAAGACCACCACUGAUUGGCUAUUUCUCAAAGAAACAAAUAACUUCCAUUAAUUUGUGGAUUUUUAUUUGUUUAUUUUGGACUGGGUGGCUAAAGUACGUUUUUCUCCACAGUGGUGCAUAGUUUAGCUUUUGUGACAAAAACUGUAUAUAGAAUGGACAGCGGAACACCUCGCCUCAAGUGAAGCCAAAAGAUUUAAAGCUCCCCCUGCUGACUGGCUGAAGGAUAAGUCACAAACCCCGCCUCCUCUAUGUUAACAGAUGCUGUCAGAUGCACUUUUCUCCAGCCAAGUUUCGUCAUGAUGAUUAUUAUCACACCAUUUUGUGAUUAAGUCAUCUUUUUUUCAGAUAACAUUCAGAUUUGUAUUAGUUAUUCAGUACUAUGGCGUUAUAAAAUGCUGUGAUUGACAGCUCUUUUAAUCUGUUUAUUAAUAAGGUUAAGAUGUGUUUUCAUCAGUGGAAGUGGUGGGACGUAUCUUUGUGUAUUUGACUUCAACCUGUUCAACCAGAAGUGGAUGAGGCAUGCUGUCCAUUUAUUUAUAGUCUUUGGCCUUUACAGACAGCUCCAUACUGACGGCCAUCUUCUGUCAGUGUUAUUGAUAAGUACCUCAUAGAGCCCAACAUGAAUAAAUCUGAAGUAUCCCUUUCAGAAGAUGUCAGAUUGCACCCUGUAGAAUGCCUGAUUAAGCAUUUAAAGCUAGGAGAGAUGAAGAGUAAUGUUAAUACAUUCAUACAAAUUUACUUCCAUAUACUCGCACACACAUGUAGUUAUUAAUCUCUCAGCAUAUUGUUUAAUGUAGCAUUAGUUUUUGCUGCAGAAUGCUUUGCUUUGAUUGUUUAAAAAAAAAUGUGAAUACAUACCUAUUGCAUGUUGGAAACCUCGCUGUAACCACCACUCUCUGUUCUCAGACUGAAACGGGGAGCUAUGCACCUCCAGUCACGCUGAUAGUAGUGCUCAGGUAGCAGCAUUUACUCCCACCAACAAACACGACUGUUAGAAGGAAAUACAAUCUAUAUAUUUCUAUAGUCACAUUCACAGAGACAUGUAUUUUAUAGCUAUAAGAAAAGCUAAAUCUUACGUAUGCAUUUAGCCAUUAAAUGGUGCUUUUGAGAGUUAAACAAAAAGUUGAGAAUCAUUUUGAAUUCAAGGCCUUUGCACACCGACGUUUUGUCUCAUACUGAGUAGAAAAUGAUGGCGGUUUGUGAGUAAUGUUUUUUUUUUCUUCAGGUUAUGGAUUUCAAAAAACGAAUCCAAAAACAAUUGACCCGUGUGCAAAGGCUUUAAGAAUCCAUAUCAGAGCUAGUUUAUUCUUUACUUGAAAAUACAAAUAAUAUAAACACUUCUAAUCUAAGGGAAUAUGUGCACAGCUCUCUACAUUGCUCAAAAAGUGAAUAAAAAAGUCUAUGUUGCUACA